CCUCGCAUGACAUGACGUCUCCAAAGUCAACAAGCUUCCAUGUAGAUUGUAGAUUAUACCAAAAAGAUUAAUAAACCCAUGUAGAUGCGCCACGAUACCAAUUGAUACUGCACAUUGCAUCUCGCCUCCCCCCCCCUAAAAUGGCGCACAUGACCAAUCCCCUCGCGACCGUCGACCAGCUAUACCAGCGGACCUCCUUCAGCGCGCUACCCUCCGACCUCCAAGACGCCAUCUUCUUCGCGACCCAACGUCUGACCCAAGCCGCCGGCAUUCUACUACGGAUCCCCCAAUCCGUCACAGCACAAGCUAACGUCGUACUCGCGCGCUACUGGCUCGUCGAAUCGCCCCUAUCCUACGAGUUCAGCGAUACAUCCGCCGCCGCGCUCUUCCUCGUCGCCAAGCUCGGCGCACACCCGUGUCUACCCCGCGACGUCUGCAAUGUAUACGCCUACCUUCUAUCUCCGAACUCCGUUCUCUCUAAGGGCGGUAAUGAUGGAGGAGGAGGAGGAGGAGGAGGAGGAGGAGGAGGAGGAGACGUCGACGAUAAGGAUAAAGGGGACCCGUCGUCAUACUACCUCUCCGAAAACGCGUACGCCUCCUUCCGAUCGCGUAUCUUGGCGCUCGAGGCUCGCAUAUUGUACUCCUUAUCCUUCGACACGCACGUCGCGCUGCCACACCCCUUAGCCAUCACAUACCUACAAGCGUUGGACUUCCUCGGCCUACCCAGAGCCGAGAUCGCGCGACGCGCCAUCGCCUAUCUCAACACGGCGCUCUUGUCGCCGCAGCUGCUGUAUCUCACGCACCAGCCGCACGCGCUCGCCGUCGCGGCGAUAUACUCGGCGGCGCGCGACGCUGGGGCCAAGAUGCCGACGUGUGCGUGGUGGGAAGUGUUCGACGUGGACCGCGAGGAGCUCGGGUUUCUGGUUGUAGGCAUGCGCAGUCUCGAGGGCUGGGUGCGGACGCAGCGGGAGGAUGACGGUGUGCUGACGAGGGGGAUGGUCACGCGGGCCUAUGUGGAGGGAGAGAUGAGGAAGAGGGGGUUAAGGAUUGGGAAUGGGAGUGCUGGGGCUGGUGAGGAUGAGAUGGAAGAUGAGGAAACGGAACUUAUGCGGCAGAUGGAUGAGAAGGCGGCGCAACUAGAUGAAUGAGGGCCAGAGCUAACUCGAUGUCUGUGUAGACUAAAUAGAGCUUAGAAGGGCGCCACGGACUGCUAGUUGGCUCCUAUAACUUCAUGCUAUCUAUAUCCGGGAGUGGUGGGACAGCCAUGGUUCCAGCAUCUUAGUAGAAGAUCUGCUACAACCAAGCUUAUAAUUGGCCUUUUAAAGCUAAAAGUACGAACUUAAGUCGCCCUGAGAAACUAUAGGGAUAGGAGAAGACGAGAAUGUAUUAAAUAACAUGACUUAACAAGGAUGGUUUCCUUUGCAAGUCCUAUGUAACUGAUUAUGACCCCUCCUAGAGAAAUUUACAAACCGUUCUCCCUCCCCCAUA